CAACUUUGAUUUAUAAAAAGUCAAACCUUGGAAAAUUUGGUCACUUUUACAUUUGACCCCUAAAUUGUGCACAACGUUGGUAAAGAAGUAACUGAUCUUAACCAUGGUGUUAUAUUGAAACAAGUACAAGAAUGAUAUCACGUUUCAAGUAAUCUCUAUAUAAAUCAAAGGGUACCACUCCUUCUCCACUGUUGUUUCAGAAAUGAAUCAUUUGUUUGUUGCCAUUUUUGCCACUGUGGCAAUAAGUUGCGUUCAUGGAGGAUUUCUCCAUGGCGGUGGCGGCGGCGGGCACGGGGCUGGUACUGUAGCAACUUCUAGCGUUUACACCGCUCGCACCAUCCACACUGGAUCUCUGGGUCAUGGAGGCGGUUUCUCGGGUGGAGGUGGUUUUUCGAGUGGAGGUGGUUUCUCAAGCGGAGGCGGCGGCGGUUCAAGCGGGGGAGGAAGAGGAGGACAUUCUGGAGGAUUCGUUGCCAGUGGCGGCGGAGGUGGAAGUGGCGGAUUCAGUUCAGGCAAUUUUGGAGGUUUUGGUUACGGACAUGGUUUCCACGGCUGAUUACGUUCUAAAUUUUUAUAAUUAGGUUAAGGUAGUUCACUGCGUACAUCUUAUAUUUAAGUAUUGUAAGCUUGACAUAUCAUUAGUAAUAAAAUCAUUAGUUUAUUAGAGAA